CUGUGACGGCAAGGCUGUGCGGGAAUGUCGCGUGAAUGUAGUGAAGGUCUGGCACUAUAUCUCCAAAGCCAACCUCUUCCUCCGCGUCCUCCCCAUCACUCCUCAGUCUCUCAAACGCAUGUAACUCUCGACUACCUCACCACCACGCCGUCGCCAUGUUCACCCUCCCACUAGGCACAACCCACCGCAGCUUCCUCCGCCGCCGCCGCCUUGUCGAAUAUCUCCAUCUCAUCCUCUUCCUCCUCCGCAUCCCCUCCCUCCUCCUCGCCCUAUACUCGUUCCCCUCCCACAGCAUCUAUAUCCCCGCCUUCGACCCCUCGACCCCCCAUCCCGUCGCCUGGGUCCCCUUCCUCGGCGUCUUCGGUUGCCUCUUCGCACUCAUCGGCGACGCCAGCGAGUUCCUCGUCACCUGCCGCUUCGGUACCGACGAAAAUAUGUUCCGCUACUCCCUGCUCAGCCUCUACGACGAAGUCGCCUUUCCCCUCUACCUCGUCGCCACCCUCCUCGUCACGUCCCACCAGCGUGCCGCCCUCCACGACGGAGUCACCCACGACAGCCUGUCAGACGCCAAGCGCCGCGCCUGUCUCGCCCUCCUGAUCGCUAACACCACCACGCGCCUAUUCUUCGUCAUCUCCCCAUUCAUCUUCUACCGCGUGGCGGUCCGCACAGUACGCGGUUUCGAUGAGGCGUUUGAGGAGCGCUUCGGGUCCCGCUACCCUAUGUACUAGUCCCCCCCCCCUUUUGAGGCAGCGCUGCAAAGUGUACCAUCCGCUCCUGCGCACAGCUUGUCAUACUGCACCCGCAUCCCCGCCGGCUGAGCCCUUCUCCCGACACAUAAUCGAUGACUAAAUAUAGUCACGUUACUGGUUUUAGCUGUGUUGGAUCCUCCUGAAAUGGCGCCUUUCCUCGCAGUUGACGUCAUGAUCGAACAUUGUAAGCGGCGUUUAGUGCAUGGUUAUCACUGAUGAGUAGGCCGUCUCGUCCAAAGAUCCUCGUAGCAUGAUGCAUGAGUAUGAAUCAUAAUAUGAGAUCUCCAGGCGAGACAACAUAACUAUCAAUGUUGACCCUUGCACUAAAAGCCACUUGAACGCUUGGUGAGGAGGUCACCUGUAAUAUCGCACCACGGGAAGGAUCACAUUUCCAAAAUCAGGAGUAAUGAAACGGGGCAGAUAAGAAGCAAAAUGCGCGAAAUGAAAUGUAAGCUAAGCGGC